AUGGUGAAUCUGAAGUUGAAUGGAAGUCCUAUUAGUGGUGAAUUACGUGAUGCUUCGUCUGCAGACAUUCGGAAAGCUUAUCGAAAGCUUUCACUAAUUUUACACCCAGACAAGAACAAAGAUGAAAACGCAGAAACACAGUUUAGGCAAUUGGUGGCUAUCUAUGAGGUUUUAAAGGAUGAAGAAAGGAGGCAGAGGUAUGAUGAUAUUCUGAUCAAUGGACUACCAGAUUGGCGACAGCCUGUGUUCUACUACAGGCGGGUGAGAAAAAUGAGCAAUGCUGAGCUGGCAUUACUCUUGUUCAUUAUACUCACAGUGGGUCAUUAUGCUGUGGUUUGGUCAAUCUACCUGGAAAAACAGCUGGAUGAACUGCUUAGCAGAAAAAAGAGGGAGAAGAAGAAAAAAACAGGCAGCAGGAGUACAGAUGAAGCCAAACUUGUUGCUGUAGACAAAAAUGAAAGAGUACUGGACAAACCACAGUGGCAUGACUUACUUCCAUGCAAGCUGGGAAUAUGGUUCUGUCUCACUGUGAAAGCUUUACCUCAGCUAUUCCAGGAUGCCAGACAAUUAUAUGUAGAAUAUAAAGAAACAAAAAUGAAGGCGAAAGAAGAUGCCCUGGCUAAGGCUGAACUUGAAACACUUCAGA